GUGAACACUUCAGGUGAGAAGAGAAAGUGAAAAUAAAAGUGUUCCUGUUCAACUUCACCAAAACUCUCAUCGACAGAAUUUAUUCUCACACUUCAGACGAUUGUAAACACAUCAAAUGUUGAGCUGAAGAUUUGUUUUGGAGUGAUGGAGUUCAUUUGUGUGAUUCUGCUGGUUUUUGCUGGAAUAACAGAUUCAAGAGCAGAUUAUUUUGAUGUAGUGGGACCUUCAUCUGUGAUGACUGUAUCUGGUGAAGAUGUGAUUCUGCCGUGUUCUAUCAAACCCAACAUCAGUGCUGUGAACAUGAGAGUCCAGUGGUUCAGAUUUGAUCUGAAAGGUUCAAUAGUUCAUCGGUAUGAAGAUCAUAAAGACAUAAACACAGAUCAGCUUCAGUCGUACAGAGGAAGAACUCAAGUGUUUAAAGAAGAACUAGAGAAAGGAAACACAUCACUCAAACUCUCAAGAGUCCAAAUCUCUGAUGAAGGACUUUACAAGUGUUACAUUCAGUCUGAAUCCUGGAGUGAUGACAUCGCUGUUAAAGUCGCUGUUGAAGCUGUAGGCAGUGUUCCAGUCAUCACUGUAGAUGGGUUUGAUGGUUCUGGUGGUCUUCAUCUACAGUGUGAAUCUAAAGGCUGGAACCCUAAACCUGAUCUUGUGUGGCUGAACAGUGAAGGAGUCACUUUAACAUCUGAAUCUCCAGACACACACAGAGAUGACACAGAUGGAUUCAGUGUGAAACACAAGAUCACUGUAUAUAACACUGACACUAAAUAUUACUGCAGAGUCAGAAUGAAUCAUCACAUGAUGGAGGCUGAGAUCAUCCCAUCCAGUAAAAUGUUUCACUCGUGGAGAUCUUCAGUGAUUCUGAUAUCAGUUGCUGUUGUUCUCUGUGUGAUCGCUGGAAUACUGAUCACUGUGUUUGUCUGGAAACAGAGAGAACUACAGAGAAAGAAACAGAGAGAGAACCAGAGAAUACAGAGAGAGAAACAGAGAAUACAGAGUGAAGACCAGAGAAUACAGAAUGAGCGUGAGCCACUACGGAGGACUGUAGAAAGUGUGACUUCCGUGUUAAGAAAAUUUGCAGUGAAUGUGACUCUGGAUGCUGAUUCAGCUCAUCCUCGUCUCAUUGUGUCUCAUGAGGGGAAACAAGUGAGAUAUGAAGACAAAUCACAUGAAGGAGUGAAGAAUGAAGAUACAGAACAAAAUAACAAGUUUGAUUAUCGUCUCUGUGUUGUUGGAAAUGAAGGAUUCUCUUCAGGGUGUUUUUAUUAUGAGGUGCAGGUGAAGGGGGCAGAUAGAUGGUAUGUGGGUGUGACCAGAGAAUCUGCUGAGAGGAAGAGACUGAUCGAUCUGAAUCCUCAGUAUGGAUACUGGAUUGUGUGUUUGAGAGAUAACAGUUAUUAUGCUGGUUUUUUGUGAAACACAUGAAGAAGACGUUGAGAUGAGGGACGACUGGAUGAAGAUUAAAUCUCUGAUAGACACAAACAGCAGAUGAGAGAGUCUGAGAUAAAGACUGAAGGUGAAUGUGUUCUUCUUAUAGUCCUUUUGUAUUGUGAUCAUAUGGGUUCAUAAUAAUUAUGUGUCAUACUGAGAAUUCAUUUAGCAGACGUCUGAAUUAUAACACCAAUCUCAAAAUCCUUUUGAUCAUUUCAUGUUGUAUAUGAGACACUUGUAAACAUGAAUAAGUUUCUAUAACUUUGAGGUGAAUGAGGCAUCAAAACUGUGGAUAGAAGAACUACAAAGUUUUAAAUCCACAUUCAAAUCGUAUCUGUUUUUAUUUGCCUGUAAUCAGUUAAACUGUUUUUGUUUUGUUUUGUAUUUUUGUGAUAUUUUGUUCGUUUAGCUGCUAAUAAUUGUUUUUAUUUACCUAAUUUUGUGUUAUUUUAAGAAUGUCAAUUUCAUCAUAAUCAGGAAUAGAAAUGUGGGAAAUGCAGAGGGACAGAAAUCAACCUCAAAACAUAUUUUAUACAUAAAAUAGCCCCCAAACUCUUGGCACAUUUCAUACAUAAAGUGUCAUUUUCUGCGUCCUUGGUUUAAAAAUAUGAAAUAUUUGUCCAACAAGAGUCCUGCAGUCCUCUUCACAAAAACAGUAAUAAUGAAAUCACAGCACAAACAUCAAGUAGAAGAUACAGACUUGAUCUGAUGCUAGAAGUAAAUCAUUUGUAACUUUAAUGUUGAUGGGGUCUAUUUAGCAUAUACACUGUGACAUAUUACAAUCCAGUCUCAAGACAGUUCAUGACAUCACUUAUAGUAAAAUAUAUUAAUUUGUGUUCAUUGACACGAAUUUCCCCUUUUCUUCGUGCCAGUCAGCAAAAAAUGUCUUCUUUCGAUACACAUAACACGUGUGUAAAUACAUUAAUAUGUUUAUAACCUGAUGGCAGAGGUACAUAUUUCACAAGAUGGUUUUAUCCUCCCCUUACCCCAGUCAAACCCAAAAACCACAGGUGUAAAAGCUUAUUUUACUUAAACGGAUGCAUUUUACGAGGUGGCAAAAUCAUAAUAAAAGAAGUCAAAUCAUAAUAAAACGCACAAAUGUGACCGUAGGAAUUCACACGAAUGAGCCACCUUGUAAAAUAGGAAUUACCAUCAGAUUUUAGUUGAUAUAUUUAUACAUAUAUUAUACAUAUAUACAGUAUAACUGUUAUGUAUCAAUUAUAUAGUGUAAAAUAAAAUGGUCUUAACUCUGUAAAACUGAAUACUCAUUGGCUGACUUUAUUUUAUGUUGCCAUUGAUAUUCAUUUUUAAUGUCGCCGUUUUUGUUGUACAAACUCUGUGUGUUUAUUAUUUUGUGCCACAUGGGAUCAUAUGGAAAGUAUAUAAAAAUAGAAAGACUAACAACAUGUAUAAGAAAUGAGUAUGAAUAUCUGCACAGG